AUGGCCCCACAGGCAUUUUGCUGCGAUCAGAUCAGAUCUUUAAUUUUCGAAAACGAGUACCGACUCGGAAUAUUCAUCUGCUGGGCAAAAGCAGGAAAUAAGAGACCACCAACCAAAGAUGAAACCCCAGAACUGAAUGUCCCGUUUUGCGUCCAAGUGUUUCAAAAACCCAAGUCACUCCGGCUCUUUCUGCCAACCGUCUGGGGCAAAUUCACUGAGAUCAAUCGGAAACUGCUAGCAACUCCAUGGGUAUCAUAUGGGGUUCAUCGCAAGGCCUAUCAGGCUACAGUUUACGAAAGACGGGCUAACUCGUUGACUCUGUCUCCGAGAACACCUACAAGUUCCAAUACCAAAGUUCUGGAUAAAAAUGACUAUGGAGACCCUUCCUCUUCGACAGCAAUUAAAGAACCAACCUACAUAGCGGGAGAACCGUACGCUUCAACAAAUCCACCAGCAGCAAAUGAUCAUACAGAAACCCUAGUUGGUAUGGAUACCAAGUGUAAUUCGGAGAAUAUCUCUUCAUUGGCUAAUAUGCCUGCGGCCGAGAUUCUGAAAACGUAUUUGUUUCACGAUCUACGCAAGUUGACGGAGUCAGUCGAAGAAAAUAUCUUCCUCUGGAUGCUGUUGUCCGCAUCAUAUCCAGCUGUUAAAUUCUUGAUGGGCUGCAGCCCUUCGAACGUCUAUACCAAAGAGGAGAGAGCGAAGAUACUCGAAGCCACUGCAGCCGCUGUUAAUGCUGUGUAUUGCCUUGCCAUUGGUCAGCAUGAGAGCCAAGACAGCAAUCCAGACUUUAUCGAUGUUUUUAAAGAGAUUUGUCGACAACAUCCGGAUGAUGGAUAUCUGACUUCACUGGUGAAUCGUACGAUUGAGCGACUGCGGCAGGUUAUUGAAGCAGAAGAGGAAGAGCAGAAUAAGGCAGGACUCCCUGUGAGGGAUGUGCAUUCACUAGCCAACGAAGAUGAUACCUAUGAUCACCGUGAUUUGUCUAUUUCGGACCAGGAAGCUGAGUGA